CACGGUACUCGGCCUCGAAAUCCUAAUAAAGAACAUCUAAAACAUUUUUGCUUUCCGUCGAGCGUGCACAACAUUUUUGCGGAAUUCGUUCGUUUUUGGGGUUCUCAAUACGUGAAAUGACGAAGUGUUUUGUGGCAGGAGAUAUUAGGGCGCUAGCCAAGGGGUAGUUUUUCGGUGAUGGGUGAUGUCUGAAAGAGGCCAGAAUGGAGAAUACAGGGCCCGACCUGUCUCAUCUUACUCCGGAAGAACGGGCCAUCAUCGAAUCGGUUAUGAUGAGACAAAAACAGGAAGAGGAAAGGGAACAAGAAAUUUUGAGAAGAAAAGCCGACGAGGUCCACAUCCUGGAGGAGACGAUUCGAGCCCGUAACGAACAGCAGAAAAAGGCGGGGGUGGAACUUGACGCCACAUGCCACAUAUGUCUCAAGACUAAGUUUGCCGAUGGGGUGGGGCACAUUUGUAACUAUUGUUCCAUCAGAUGUUGCGCUAGAUGCGGAGGAAAAGUUACGCUCAGAUCGAAUAAGGUAGUUUGGAUUUGCAUCCUCUGUCGGAAAAAGCAAGAACUUCUCAGCAAAACCGGACAGUGGAUGUUUGGUGGUCCAAACGCAGACCCUGAUUUGCCUCAACUACAACAAGCACCGUCUGAUAAAAGGCCGAAAUUAGAACGAGCGCAUUCAGCCGCCGAAAAAGAAAAUCUACCUCUUCAACGAUCAGGCAGCUUAUUAAGGAGACAAUAUUCAGAACAAGAACCAAGGGCACCUUCUUGUGAAAGGUACCAACAGUUUAACGAGGAGGAUCCUCGAUUUUAUCAAGGAGAGUUGGAAGGACUGAUGAGAACGCAUCCGCAUCUUGUACCAAGACGGUAUCCAGAACAAGAGGCCGAACCCGUUCAAAUGGAGCAUUCCCAGCAAAGGGUCCAACCGAUGGCGAGUGCCAACAAAAAACACAAGCGCAGCGGUUCGACAAAAAAGCAUCAACAACACGCCCCACCCCAAGUGCAACUUCAUAAUUACUCCAGUUCCGAAGAGGAUCUUAAGUCUACUCCAGAAUACGGUAGUGACGAAAGAGAUAGCGAGAAAGGUAUCGUCGGCAAUUGGCCCCCCUUGAGCCACUACAUAGUUGCCCCCGUACACCAACACAUGCCCUUGCAAGAUGUAACCGCAGACAACAGAUGCUUUACAGAGAGAAGAAAGAAAACUGUACGUUUCGACCACCAUGACAGUAGUCGUCAAGGUUCACAAGAUUCCCACAGGGAUUCUGGCAUUGAUACGUCUUCCACAUUUACAAGUAGCGAGGAUUCGACCAGGGGGGACUUGCCCAAGCACCCUUUAUCGUGGCAAGUCUCAGCUGAUGGAACGAAAAUGAUAGGUCAUAUGAUUCUGAGGCGAAAUUCUCGAGAUACAAGUGGAUCCAGUGCUUCUAUUUUGGGACUUAAAGUAGUUGGCGGAAAAAUACUCGAAAAUGGAAUGACUGGGGCUAUUAUAGAAAAAGUUAAAAAGGGCAGUAUAGCUGACGUGGAAGGACAACUAAGACCUGGUGACGAGGUUAUUGAAUGGAAUGGACGUUCUUUACAAUUAAAAUCUUCGCAAGAAGUGGCCGAAAUAAUCGCCGAAAGUAGACAAGAAGCUAACGUAGAGCUAAUAGUUUCCAGAACUAUGGGAAGCAGAAGAGUGGCACAAGCUAGCUGGAGACAAUCAGCCGCACAGAGAGGUCAGCAGACGUCUGUCAGUGGCCUUCAUCAGUGGCACCCCGAGACGGAAAUAUACGAAAGGCCUCACGUGCUUGUAACGUCACCCGGCAGCCCCGAACGAAGUCAAGACACAUCUCGCCAGACGCUGGCACCGAGUAUUGGGGGUCGGAUCCAAGUGCGAGUGGAGUUCGACCCCUCGGCGUUGCAGUUGUUAGUCACCAUCGUCUGCGCCGCUGGACUGACUCCUAGAUCUCCCCAACAGCCGAGGAAUCCCUAUUGUAAGUUGUUUUUGUUGCCAGAUCGGUCGGAGAAGAGUAAAAAGAGGACGAGAACUCUGGGUGGAACUACGGAGCCUAUGUGGAACCAGACAUUUGUAUACUCAGGACUGAGGAGGGCAGAUCUCCGACUUCGUGCUUUAGAAAUAACAGUAUGGGAUUAUGUUAGAUAUGGAGCGAAUGAUUUUUUAGGAGAAGCUAUUGUUGAACUGUGGCCUUUGGAGAAUCAACCAACGUGGAGAACGUUGGGUCCUCAUGAAGAAAUCGCUCUGACACCAAGCGAACAUCUCUCGCCACCUAGUACAGGGUCCAGGUUUUCUGACAGCGAUACGCCGUCGGAGUGUGAUAUUGAAGGUGGACGAGAUCGACGAAACGCAGAUGGAGCCAGCGUGAGUAGCGUAGGUAGUUCCACUAGCCCACCCAGGGAAAGUGAAAGGAGAUCCCGAAGAGAUCAAGAGACCAUGCAAGCAUAUCACAUGUGUAACAACAAUAGGAAGACCGGAAUGGUUGGCCACCGAUCCCAUUCAGCGGCUCCUUGCGAUUCUCCCAGCGUCCAUUUAUCUCGUUCCCGUUCGAAAUCACCCCGACGUUCCGCCACCGACCACCGAUCGCUCUCGCCACCGGACGUCCGCCUUACCGAAUACACCCCCACUACGUACAAAAUGUCGCGGUUUCAGUCGCGAAGUGCCACAGCGACACCUACCGGCUCGCCGAAAAAACGCCAGCUCCCUCAAGUGCCACAAGCGCUCGCCAGAGCGCUACAGGAGAGAGUAUCGCAGGACUUGGAAGGGACCAGUAUCAGUACCAGAAAUAGGAUGAGGUAUAUGCAUACUUAUAGAAGUACAGGGUCUGGCUGGGAGAGGAGGUAUAGUGGUUUAAGUGAUAGUGAUCUAGCCAAUCAUUCUAGAUUCAACACGAGAAGAUGCUUUUCACCCGAAAAAGAAAGAGAAAGAGAUCCCUUAGGCUUAGUGGACUUUGAUAGCGAUAUGGAAAGUGUCGCAUCAGUUACCAGCAGUGCUUUUUCAACUCAAUCAGAAAGGCCGCGUGGAACCAGAGGAUUAGGUACCGAAUACGGCUAUAGAACUAUGAACUCCAGAGGUGCUAGGGAAAGAGACCAUGAACAUAGGGAACCCAUAGAGCCUCUUGACCCGCAUCACAACUAUCAUUUAAAUCACAACCAGCAUCACAAUCACCACCACCAUCAUCACCACCACCGAGAGAGUAGCGUCAAGAGAGGGCAGUUUACAAGGAGUUUGUCGAAUACAGAACCACCAGUAGAAGAAAAAACCGAUGGAAGCUUAAGUGAUACUGCUGUAAGUCACCUGCAUGGCCUUGAAGUUCCUCAAAAGGACAUGGGAAGGAAAGAUGGUCUCCGGGAUCGAGAUAGGGACAGAACGGGCCAGUUUGUUGGUCUUAGUAAAAAGAGUAACUCUACCAGCCAAUUGUCCGCGACAGGUCGAAAACGGAGAAUGGGUUUCGGAAAGAGGGGGAAAACAUCAUUUACAGUCCAUAGAUCGGAAGAAAUUUUACCAGGAGAUGUUAGACUAGCGAAACAAGGAUCGUCAGCUUCGAGUGAUGGAGAAGGUUCUGCAGAUGGAGACAGGUGGUCCCCUUCGCUGCGGCUAACAGCAGCUGGUGAAGGUCAGCUAGCAGAAUUUAUUGAGGGUUUAGGUCCUGGACAGCUUGUAGGCAGGCAAGUGCUGGGAUCACCGUCUCUAGGGGAUAUCCAGUUAGCUCUUUGUAGUCAAAAAGGGUUCUUGGAAGUUGAAGUUGUUCGAGCGCGAGAUCUGCAGUCCAGAGCCGGUUCGAAAGUGUUACCAGCUCCUUAUGUAAAAGUAUAUCUAGUUAAUGGUAAAAAAUGUAUAGCUAAAGCGAAAACGACAACGUCGCGAAGAACACUAGAUCCUUGGUACCAACAACAAUUAGCAUUUAAGGAAAAUAUUCAAGGCUGUAUAUUACAAGUGACCGUAUGGGGUGAUUAUGGUAGGCUAGAAGGCAAGAAAAUUUUCAUGGGGGUAGCGCAAAUAAUGCUCGACGAUCUCAAUUUGAAAAACAUCGUCGAGGGCUGGUACAAAUUAUUCGGAACGACCUCCCUGGUUAGUGGUGCCCCCUCUCUAGGUCUAUCUAGUCGCGGAUCCUCGGCUAGCCUUGAUUCUAUCAAGUUAUAGCCUAUAACCUAAAUUAAUUUCCUCGUUUCAAAUUACCACAAGAGUAAAACACGUUAUUUAGUUUUUUUGACCGUUUCCACCACCAACCUUUAGCACCUUACUCAUGUCAUUUUCACAAAAAGUUUUCACCGAUGGCAUCCACUACAACACGUAUAGUGAGAAGAAUCCUCCUUCAUUUGCUCCUUUGAUAAGAAUUAACUGAAAGUAAAGUGCUUCAAAGACGCUAUUAGAUAUCCUUUAAAUAUCACUUUGUACAAAAUCCGCACAUCGUAACAAAAUAUACUUAAGACUAUAUCCCGCCAAAUGGGUAUUACUACUUUAACAAAAACGAUUCGGAAUGUACUGGGGAUAUUUAGAGCCGGAGAUAAGUUUGUACUGUAUUAUAACAAUUUUCACGAAACUUUUGUGAGGAAAACACUAAAAACUAAAAAAAGAUGAAUGAGAAUAUAGUGUAGAAGAGCCGAAGUAGUUCCAAAAUAGUGUACAUGAAGUGAACAGUGUAGAUACACGCACACAUCUUAUAUAGUGUCAAAUAGUGUCACAAGAAUCAUAUCUAAAUAUGAAUUAAAUAUAUGUAAGCAGAUUGUCCAAAAUAUUUAUAUCACGGUACAACUUACUUUUUUUACGGAAUUUUGAAGAAAAAAUGGAAUAGCGCAGCAAUGGUAAAAUUAUAUCUUAAUAAUUUAUAACUUUUCCACUGUUUCAUGUUUUAUAUAAGUAUUUGUGUAUUUUCCUUAAGUUACCUUUCUGUUUUAAGUGAUUUUGGUUUAAAGUAUUUCAAUUCUCUGAAACCAAAUAUGAAUGGUUCCUUUUUAAAUCUAACCUACCAAUAUGGCUAGUAAUCCAAUUUAUAGGUACAUAAUUUUUUACAGUGUACAUUGACUCAAAAUUUUACAUGAAAGAUCGAUAGAAUUCAAUAUACCUGCAAAAUAUGUUGCUCGAAAGCAACAUAUUUAUAUUGCUAAUUUCAAUGCUAAAACACUCAAAUCAACUGACACAAUUACAUAAACAAUCGAAAAAUGCCACGAACACAACAUAGAACUCCACAUCCUCUUCGUAGACUUCAGACAAGCCUUUGACUGUAUUGGAAGGAAUAAAUUAUUUAUUGAAAUGAAAAAUCAAGAUAUACCAGCAAAGUUAAUUAGAUUAGCAAAAAUGACUAUGGAUGGAUCUCGAGCUAAAGUAACAACAGAGGUAGCACUGAAUCAAUUGUAAUAGAAACAGGAGUGCGACAAGGCGAUUCCCUGUCAACCACAUUAUUCAACAUAGCAGUAGAAGUAAUGGUCAACGGCAUCAGGAUGUAGAAGGCCAGGAGAAACCACUACAUUAAAGAUCCUUGUGGAUAUCUCUAGUACAGCUUCCCAUGACAGAUAAGGAAACUAUACAUACAUUUAAUGAUCAUGGACUUCGGAAUCCAAGAUCCGACAGGGGAGGAAGAUCACAAUCAGACCACGGGGCCUCUCAGGUCGUCAACACACGAAAACCCCGUGUCGUGGAAAUCCACAAGAUAGCUACGUGGAACGUAACAACUAUGUUUGAAGGUGCGAAAUUACAAAAUAUUCAGCUAGAAAUGGCCAGACUAGACAUUCCUAUCCUAGGUAUAUGCGAGACGAAAUGGCUAAGGUCAAACAUAUUUGAGAGUAAUGGAUACAUUGUAUACCACUCGGGAAAGGCAGAAGGACCCAGACGUAACGGAGUCGCAAUCAUUGUGAAAGAAGAAAUUCGUAACUGUAUCCGAAAUUUCGUCCCUUUCAAUGAUCGUAUCAUGAUGAUUCAGCUGCAAAAUAAACUACUGAAUAUUAAUAUAAUACAAGUCUAUGCGCCAACAGCUGACAAAUCAGAUGAAGGAACUGAGCAAUUCUACAGCCAAAUUAAACAAAUUCUCCGGAGCACAAAAAAACAUGAAGCUACAAUUAUUAUGGGAGACUUCAACUCAAAAGUUGGUGCCGAAAUCACACAAGAUAUAACCGGAAAGUAUGGACUUGGAGAAAGGAACGAAAGAGGGCAAAGACUAAUAUAGUUCUGCCAAGAAGAGAAAUGCAUUAUAGCAAAUACUUUGUUUCAGCAACCUAAAAGACGACUAUAUACCUGGAAAUCUCCAGCUGAUCAAGAGGGAAAGAUAGUCAGAAAUCAAAUUGACUACAUUAUCAUUAAUAGAAGGUUUAGAAACAGUAUUACAUCUGCAAAAACAUAUCGAAGUGCAGACGCAGCAACUAACCAUAAUCUGCUCUGUGCUGGAUUCAAACUAAAACUAAAAAGAAUAAAAGCCCCCACAACGCAGAAGAAACCUAAUACUCGACUCCUAAGAAAUGCCGUAAUAUCAGAUGAGUUCGGAAAUAAGAUAAAUCGUGAGAUUAAAAAACAGUUAGAAAGACCUGAACAAGAAAAUAUCGAUAUCGAACAAGAUACGAGGUUAAGCGAGCAAAAGAGGACUGGAUGGAACAAAGAUGUCGUGAAAUGGAAGAACUACAAAGAAAACAUGACGAGUUUAAUAUACAUAAAAAGCUUAAAGAAAUUACCUACACUCAGAGAAAAAGAACUCCUCACUUUAUGAGAAACUCCAAAGGUAAAAUAAUUCUCGACUUGGAUGAAAAAAAGGAAGAAUGGACUAACUAUAUAAAAGAGCUCUUCCUGGAUACGAGGCCACCACUUAACACCACAAAGUAUACGAAUACUGGUCCUAGUAUUUUAAAAGCGGAAGUAGAGAAAGCCAUCAAACAGAGCAAAAAUGGGAAAUC